CCCAAGCCUCCAGCCAUGGCUUCUCUGCUCACCAAGGACGCCUACCUGCAGAGCCUGGCCAGGAAGAUCUGCUCCCAGCCCAGCGCGGAGCUGCAGAAGUGUGAGUCGGCUGGCAGAACUCGAGGCUCAGAAGCUGCUGGGCCCCCGGAAAAGAAGAGGAAUAACGCGCAGAAGAAACCCCGCGCGCGGGAGGAGGAGGCUGCGGAGCCUCAGGCCCAGGCCCUGGGGGAGAAGUCUCCGGCCGCUUCCGGGGCCAGGAGGCCAGUGACAGCCAAGGAGGAGGAACCCUCCAGCUCCACAGGGGCCCCGGCGGAUGGCUUGGCCACAGAGCCUGACUCCGUCUUUGCCCUGGACGUUCUGCGGCAGCGGCUGCACGAGAAGAUCCGGGAGGCCCGGGGCCAGGGCAGCACCAAGGAGGUGUCUCCCGCCACUUUGGAGAGAAGACGCCGGAGGAAGCAGGAGCGGGACCGGAGGAAGAGGAAGCGAAAGGAGCUGAGGGCACAGGAGAAGGCGGCGAAGGCCGAGGAGGCCGCGGGGGCCGCCGACCCGCCCCCCGAGGCGCCCCGAGAGGAGGCGCAGGGGCAGCCCGGGCUGCUCUUCAACAAGGUGGAGGUGAGCGAGGAGGAGCCGGCCAGCAAGGCCCAGCGCAGGAAGGAGGAGAGGCGGGAGCUGAAGGGGAACCUGACGCCGCUGACGGGCAAGAACUACCGGCAGCUGCUGGAGCGCCUGCGGGCGCGGCAGGGCGAGGGCAAGGCCCGGGAGCUCGAGGCCGAGGGCGUGAAGACCCUCCACUGCGAGCACCGGCGGCAGGAGGCCCUGAGGCGCACGGAGAAGCGGCGCGCCCAGCGGAGGUGA